AUGACUUCUUCGUUCAAGCUGGAUUUCCUUCCGGAGAUGAUGGUCGACGGCCGCUUGCUGGUUUCUGACAGAAUUAACGGCACAGCUAACAAGAUGAAUGGAGCUUUGGAUCAUUCAGACCAACCAGACCCAGAUGCCAUUAAGAUGUUUGUUGGACAGAUUCCCCGUUCAUGGUCAGAAAAAGAGUUAAAAGAACUUUUUGAGCCUUAUGGAGCUGUCUACCAGAUUAAUGUUCUCCGAGACAGAAGCCAGAACCCUCCCCAAAGUAAAGGUUGUUGUUUCGUAACAUUUUAUACAAGAAAAGCUGCUCUUGAGGCACAGAAUGCACUGCACAAUAUUAAAACUUUACCUGGGAUGCAUCAUCCUAUUCAGAUGAAACCUGCAGAUAGUGAAAAGUCAAAUGCUGUGGAAGACAGAAAAUUGUUCAUAGGAAUGGUUUCGAAGAAGUGUAAUGAGAAUGAUAUCAGGGUGAUGUUUUCUCCAUUCGGCCAGAUAGAAGAAUGCCGAAUCCUUCGGGGACCGGAUGGGCUGAGCAGAGGCUGUGCGUUUGUCACAUUUUCUACAAGGGCAAUGGCACAGAAUGCAAUCAAAGCCAUGCACCAGUCUCAGACCAUGGAGGGCUGCUCUUCGCCAAUCGUGGUGAAGUUUGCUGAUACCCAAAAGGACAAGGAGCAGCGGCGUUUGCAGCAGCAGUUGGCACAGCAGAUGCAACAGCUCAAUACUGCCACUUGGGGAAACCUCACAGGUCUUGGAGGACUCACGCCACAAUACCUAGCUCUUCUGCAGCAAGCAACUUCCUCCAGUAACUUGGGUGCCUUCAGCGGCAUUCAGCAAAUGGCCGGUAUGAACGCUUUACAGUUACAGAAUUUGGCAACUUUAGCAGCCGCAGCAGCUGCCGCCCAAACCUCAGCUACCACCACCAAUGCAAAUCCUCUCUCCACAACAACUGGUGCUCUGGGAGCCCUCACAAGUCCCGUGGCUGCAUCAACUGCUAAUUCCACAGCUGGUGCGGCCAUGAAUUCUUUGACUUCUCUGGGUACUCUCCAAGGAUUGGCUGGAGCCACUGUUGGACUGAAUAAUAUUAAUGCACUAGCAGUUGCUCAAAUGCUCUCAGGUAUGGCGGCCCUGAACGGAGGACUCGGCGCAACAGGCUUGACGAAUGGUACAGCUGGCACAAUGGAUGCGCUCACCCAGGCCUACUCAGGAAUCCAGCAGUAUGCUGCCGCCGCGCUGCCCACCUUGUACAGCCAGAGCCUGCUGCAGCAGCAAAGCGCUGCGGGCAGCCAGAAGGAAGGUCCAGAAGGGGCAAACCUCUUUAUUUACCACCUUCCCCAAGAGUUUGGAGACCAGGACAUUCUGCAGAUGUUCAUGCCUUUUGGAAAUGUUAUCUCUGCUAAAGUCUUCAUUGACAAACAGACCAAUCUGAGCAAGUGCUUUGGUUUUGUUAGCUAUGACAAUCCAGUCUCUGCACAAGCUGCUAUCCAGGCUAUGAACGGCUUUCAGAUUGGCAUGAAACGCUUGAAGGUUCAGCUGAAACGCUCCAAAAAUGACAGCAAACCUUACUGA